AUGGGCGAUUUGAUCAGGGACCCCUCACCAGUCCCGUUGCGGAGGGAAGAACGGCAAAAUCAGUUGUUCCUUGGAACCUUUGUCCACUCGAAGACGCGCGAGAAGCUGGAGUACCUUCACAACACGGCCGUCUGCGUCGACGCUACAGGAACCAUUGUCGCUGUCGAGACGUGCGGGAGCCGGAGGGAAGCUGAGGAGGUGAUCUUCCCCCGACUUGGGUGGACCAAGGGGGAUGUGCGGGUGCACGUGGGAGAGGAGGGGCAGUUCUUCUUCCCUGGGUUUAUCGACACCCACGUCCACGCAUCGCAGUACCCCAAUGUAGGUAUCUUUGGCAAAUCGACGCUGCUGGACUGGUUAAACACAUACACAUUUCCUCUUGAGUCAAGCCUCAAGGAUUUGAAAAAGGCGAAGAGGGUGUACACGUCAUGCGUGAAGCGCACCCUCGCCCACGGGACGACAACGUCCGCUUACUAUGCCACCAUCGACGUCGCCGCUACCAACCUCCUAGCAGACAUCUGCCUCAAUCUGGGACAGAGAGCAUUUGUUGGCAGGGUAUGUAUGGACCGACCGAGUCUUUGCCCUGAUUUCUACAAAGACGAGUCCGCGGAUGAUAGUUUGCGGAAUACGAGGGAAACAGUGGAGCACGUACGCUCGAUCGACCCUGACUUUGAACUUAUCGCACCGAUUCUGACGCCUCGGUUCGCCCCCUCGUGUACUGAAGAUGCAAUGAAAGGGCUUGCAAGGAUGCAAAAGGAGCUGAAUGUGCUUGUGCAGACGCACAUAUCGGAGAACCAAGGCGAGAUCGAGCUUGUUGCCGAGCUCUUCCCCGAGAGCGAAAGCUACACGGCCGUGUAUGAUGACUGCGGCCUGCUGAGUGAGAAGACGAUUCUUGCGCACGCGAUUCACCUUUCCGAGAAGGAAGCGAACACGAUUGCCGAGCGGGGGUCCAAGGUCUCACAUUGCCCUUGCAGCAACAGCUCCAUCACCAGUGGUGCGGCGAGAGUCAGGUGGCUGUGGGACAAGGGAAUCGAUGUGGGUUUGGGAACUGAUAUGAGCGGAGGUUACAGCCCGAGUAUUUUGGAAGCUGCGAGACAGGCUGCACUUGUUUCGAGACACGUUGCCAUGGGACUAGAGGGGGCUGAGAAGGAAAGGGCGAAGCUCACGGUCGAGGAAGUUUUGUAUCUUGGCACAAGAGGCGGCGCAAAAGUUGUCGGAUUAGGAUCCAAGGUUGGCGGGUUUGACGUCGGUAUGCAAUGGGAUGCGCAGCUUAUUGGGCUGCCUUUGGUUGAUGAAGAGGGGGAAGUCGAGAAUGAUUCGAAUGUCGACGUAUUUGGUUGGGAGAAUUGGGAGGAACGGAUUGCCAAAUGGGUUUACAAUGGGGAUGAUCGGAACACGAAAUCUGUUUGGGUAAAGGGGAGAUUGGUCCAUUCAAGGAAGUAG